UUAUAAACGGCCUCCCCGCACCCUGCUUGUGCGCGCUCCCAUGGAACGCGCAGCACCACGAUCCGGUGCCCGCUGUGUCCUCCAGAUCAUAGUAGUAAGCAAGAUGUCACUUGUGACAUCAUUGCUUACUACGUGUGAAAUCUGUGAAUAAUCACAGAGGUCACAUGGUACAAGACUAUUCACAACAGCCUUGUACCAUGGGACAAGCUGUGACCAAUCACAGCUCUCACAU